AUGCACAGUCCCGCAUUCAGUCAUGAAGUUUCUCAUAUGCCUGUCAUAUUGCGUGGCUCCCGUCCUGACUCAAAUGAUCCUAACGGGUAAAGGACUGGAUACAAGUUCAACGCUACCCGGAAAUGAGCCUGAACUGGCGAUUGAUGGAGACGGGAAUACAUAUUUUAUGUCCAACUAUACCUUGCCCGGGGAAGCCUACUGGCAAAUUGAUUUAGAAGGCUACUAUGACGUCCAUGAAAUACUUAUCCAAUUUCCAAACAUGGUUCGAAAUCCGCCUGAGAACAGAACAAUUUCACUCUCCAAAUAUUCGACUUUUGAACCUGCCCACACUUUUCUGUGCGGCCAGAAUAUCCCCGGAACUACCUCAACGUGGAUGUGCCAAGGGUUGUUUGCUGUUCAGUACAUACGUGUCACCACCGACCAACCACCACUUGUUCUUCAUGAAAUAGUGAUAUAUGCAGACCAGGCAGUGCAGACAGUGUUGGAAGGAACGUCCCUUGAGACAAUCACGACUACAACAACAGCAACGACGACAGUGUCCUCAGCUGUCACCGCCACAACACCAGAACAGUCGUCAGACACGACCACUGUGACUUCAUCGUCUAGUGGAACGUCCCUUGAGACAGCCACGACUACAACAACAUCAACGACUACAUUGUCUUCAGACACCAACCCAUUGACGUCAUCGCUUGUUGGAACAUCACCUACAACUGUUACCACCACAGCACCAGAACCGGCUUCAGUUGGAACAUCAUCUGCAACUGUCACCACCCCAACACAAGACCCGACUUCAGGAUCUUCCUACAGAGUCAUGCCUGGCUACACCCUCACGACUCCAACUGCUACGCUAACGACGCCCAUGGUAACCAUGUGCAGCAUCUGGUGUCAGCAAAGCCCCGGAUGUACAGCCUUCAGCUUCAACAAGGGACUGCUAGUCAACAACUGUAAGAUCGGUGCAAGUCAGGAAACCACGUUAAGUUCAGGGUGGACUGCCAACAUCAAAGGCGCAGUCAUGGAGAUGCGUAGAGCUCGGUAUUCAUGCUCGUAGGAAGGAAUUUGAUGUAAAUAAUGACGAUUAGAACCUUUUUGCUCUCAUAUAUCAUUUCGUUACAACGAGCCUUUAUACAUUUCACCAGAGAACAUCUUGUCCAAGGGAUCUGCCAUCGUUAUUUUGGUAUGUUAAGACUUACCCCCAACAUUGCUUAAACUACAGAGAGACUAUUACUAUAUUUAACUAAUAUACUAGCUGGAGUUAACAUGUGUUACUGUGGGUAUAACGUCCAACGCGUUUCUAUGCUAAAAGCACAAUGGUUUAUGUCAAUAGAUAAUGUACAGGUUAAUAUAUAUCACAGACAACUCAAUGCGCCAUGGUUCCCAAAACCCUGCUGAGGAGACGAUAGAUAAUAAUGUACUGAAUAGGCAUCUAUUGACGCGUAAUUGAACUGAACACAAAAUCGGAACAUUUAGAACAUUGAACCACUAAAUUAAUUUCAUUAUUUUGUAUCACAGUAGGCUAAGAGGCUCUUCAGUGAAUUCAGUAGGGUUAUCAAUGUAUGCCUGGUGUGGGUAAAAUACUCCAGCUACAAAAGAGGUCCCAAUCAUAUUAAACAAAGUGUCAUCGAAAGGGUUGCAACGUUUAACACUGAUGUUUUGACAACGUUUUCAUAUAUACUAUUCCAAAAAAGGACGCAUAACCCGGAAAUCUCUUGCGAAAAUGUUGUAUUUUCAACUCAUGAAAAAACUCGUGUUUAACUCGUCCACAAAUAGACUUUAAGAAAUGAAUUUGUACAUCUGUUUAGAAGAAGGAAAUGUCUAUACA